AGUACGACAGUAUCGAAGAAUUGGAGGCAUUCAGAAAAUCGGCCAAUCCGCAAUGGUCUCAGUCAGGCAUAUCACCACUCGUUUCUCCGAUGCUCGAGUUCCUCGGUCAAGAGGUCGAAGAACGUCAAACGACAUGCGACACUAUGAAUACAUACAUGGAAGAGCUGGGGCAUUUCAAGUCUCCUGAUCGUAACGAGGAGUACGAUGAUCUCAUUGCGGCUUGCAAGGCGCACGAAGAGUGCCGAGAGGAAGCGAGUUCGACCAAAGCUGUGAAGGAUAUGCGGCAUUGGCAUGAACAAGGUCCCAAUGGAACCGACGGCAAAUACCUGGAGUACAUGGAUGACGAGGAAUUAGAACAGUUUUUAUUGCCACUGCCGGAACGAAAUUACCGAGAAAGCAUUGUGCGACAGCAGUCACUGGCACGUGCAACCAACACAUGGCACCACUCCCAAUUUCCGGAGCUCUUGGAUCGUCACCAGUCACGCACUGAAGAGAUCAAAACACUGAUGGCUCGUCUGGUUACUGAACACAGGUAUCGAUACGUUUCCUAUUGGGAUGGACGAUUGGGUUCUCUAACAUCUCCGAACAGUCGGCUUCUAACAGGGUUGGUCGGACAACUCGAAGCAACCAAGAAUAGCGUCUACGAAUUCUCGUCGAGCUCGUUCAUCUCUUCGGCACAUGACCAGCGAAAUUUCGAGUCUGAUCAUACAUACAUGAAGGAAGCCGUUCAUGUGGAUUUUUCGAAUGGCACAACACGACCGUACAUUGUGUUUGGGACGGUGUCUCAAACACUGAUUAGCGGGAGACAUGUCACAAAGGCAAUGGUGAAAGGACUCAUCUUGGUGUGUCAUUCAUCUGAAUCUAUAGGCGCAAUCAGUAAUAAUACGACGGUUUGGGUAGUACAAGAUGGGCUAUUUGUGUCCAGUCAAAGAUAG